UAAAUUAAGUGUUCAAAGUGUUUUAGAACUUAAAUAAGUGAAUUUGUGCGAGCUAUUUAUGUAAAAACGCUAUGGGGUUCACUAACCUUAAUAUUCAACUGUUACAGGAUGUGUGUAAACUUUCUUUCAUUGGGAAUGUUUGCUCCGGUUAAAUUAUUGUAUUUUUACGCAACUAAUUUAAAAAUCAACACGGUUUCUAUUCCCUAAGAUGACGACUAUUUUUUUAUAAAAGGCAUUUUUGUGAUCUUAACCUCAAAAAGCAAGUAUAGAAAGUGUAGCUUUGUUGCUAGGUUGUGAAACAGAGUUGUGAAUGAGAAAACACAGUGUUUGCAUUCCAGUGUGUUGUGUUAGAGGAUUAGGCCCUACCUAGUAUUGGAUUACUUACAGGAAACAUGCCGAAGGAAAAAUGAACCUCGAUGUAUCAUCAGAUAGCCUGCAGCCUACCUGGAGAUUGUGGGAGGAAGAAAGAGUGGAUGGUGCCGUUUACACUGUCUAUCUCAAGAAAGUCCGCUACCAUCGGCCCACCAAGUCUGUGUCAUCUGAUUCGGAAGAUGAGAUUUCCCACCUGGAGUGGGAGACUGUGAAGGUGAGGUUUAUCAAGGCAGGGACACUACAGCGGCUGGUAGAGAGUCUGGCCACAGACGAGGGAGAGUUAGAGUCCACCUACAUCAGUGUGUUCCUGGCCACGUAUCGCACCUUCGCCACACCCAAGCAGGUGCUCAGUCUGCUGCUAGAUAGGUAUGAACAACUGGCCAACAACGAGUUGGACCUUCCAGAAAUGGUUUCAGACCAACACAGGAAGACCCUGGUGCUGGCGUUGCACGUGUGGCUCGACUCGUACCCGGAAGACUUCAGAGAUCCUCCCCUGCACGCCACGCUGCAUCAGCUGCUGCACUUCACACAGGCGCAUCUACCUGAGUCAGAACUGCAGCACAAGGUCAGGCAUCGUCUGGAGAGGUUCAUCAGGGAGGAUGAGAUGCUGGAGUCCUGUCCACUGUUCACGCCAGACAGUCUGUACCUACACUCUAACGGGACUCACGCACCACCCUACAGCUUCCCAGACAUCCCUGAGCGACAUUUCGCUGAGCAGCUGACAAGGAUGGAUAUGAAGCUGCUGCAGAGGCUAGUACCUCACCAGUGUCUCGGAGGCAUCUGGUCACGCAGGGACAAGUCACGUAGCCAGGAGGCGGCUACAGUGUUGGCUACGGUUAACCAGUUUAACGCGGUCAGUCUGCGAGUGAUCAGCACGGUGCUGAUGGACCCUAAUUGUCGGCCAGUGGAGAGAGCUACGCUGAUAGCCACUUGGAUAGACAUUGCUCAGGAGUUAAGGGUUCUCAAAAACUUUUCAUCGUUAAAGGCGAUCAUCUCAGGUCUUCAGUCCAAUCCAGUCUAUAGGUUACAAAAGACUUGGCAAUGCUUACCAAAGGAAAAGGUGGAGGUGUUUGAGGAGUUAGCCAGGAUAUUCAGUGAGGACAACAACCAGUGGGCUCAGCGGGAGUUGUUGAUGCGGGAGGGAACAGCCAAGUUUGCGGACACUGUGGGUGAAAAUGACAAACAACUGCAGAAGGUCAUCCAGCGGCAGGCCAACAACAGUGGGAGCAUCAGUCAUGGGACUAUUCCGUACUUGGGAACAUUUCUGACAGACUUGACCAUGAUAGACACAGCCAUUCCUGACACACUGUACGAAGGUCUCAUCAACUUCGACAAGCGCAGGAAAGAGUUUGAAGUUUUAGCUCAGAUCAAGUUGCUGCAAGGCGCAGCCAAUGCGUACAACAUCCACGAAGACGUAGCGUUUGACCGAUGGUUUGACUCCAUCCUCACCUUAGAUGACAGAGAGGCUUACCAGCUGAGCUGUCAGAUAGAACCUCCUGCGGUGCCUACACUCACCGUCACCACUCAGCGACACAGGAAGAAACCUCCCAACAACUGUGUUUGUUACAGUAUGGGCCACAGAAAGAACGAUUCAAUAGCGUCCACGACCAGCAGCAGCUCUAGCAGUCAGUUCUACGACUUGGAGAGUUUACCUUCCUCCCCUAGAAACUCUCUUGACAGGAAGGCGUCGCCAUCCCAGAUGUCGUCCUCGUCUAGUAAUUCUUCCCUACCCUCCCUGGACGUGAGUGUGGGCAGCAGUGCUACCAACACGACAGGCAACAGCGUGUCAGUCAGUGCUGCCAACCGCAGUCCUGCGUCUUCACAGCUACGGCAAGUCACUCCGGACUUCUACAUAAUCAAGGUCACCUUGGAAACUGACCUUGUGGAGACUGAUGGUAUUGUGAUGUACAAGAGUAUAAUGCUGAGUAACAAUGAAAGAACACCUCAAGUUAUCCGCAACGCAAUGCUCAAGCUGGGGAUUGAAGGCAACCCUGACAACUACACUCUUGCUCAAGUACUUCCAGAUAAAGAAAUGCUACUGCCGGCCGACGCGAACGUGUACUACGCUGUCAACACUGCCUUCAACCUCAACUUCAUUCUUCGGUCCAAGUUGAGACUAUUAGACAGUCCUGCCACGCUACCCAAGCCUUCACGGACCAAGAACGGAAAAAAAUUCCCCCUCUCCGGCUCGUGAUACAGGCUUUAACGUGGAACUCUUUGUUUCACUGCCUUAAUAAGUCAGACUUAAGAUAUAUUGGUGAAAAUUAAGGCACAAACAGUGUUUGGAAAAUACUGUUAGUUCUUACCUAGAUAUUUUCACCCUCUAUUUUAUUGGAAAUUUUAAUUAAAGAUAUUUUUUUAGAAACGUACCCUGGAAUGUAGUCAUACUGCCAAUGUGUAAGAUUUUAUCGUUUAGUUAUAAAUAAGGAACUGAGAAACGGGAUAGAGACUUUAGCUAGUUUCAUAAAAUUUGCAUAACAAAUGUAUACCAUUUACCCUUGAAACUUCCCCUUCCUCAAAAAUUACAACCCAAUAUUCACAACUGUGGUUUCAUUUUGAACCAUAAAAUGUAUUGUGAUACUGUACUCCAUUAUUGACCUUUUUACUUCCCCUUCCAUGUCCUUUGGUUUGUAUUGGCCUUGGUUCUUAUGAUUAAAAUGUUAUUCCUUUCUUUAUAACCUUGCUACUUAUCAGUAAUAGUAUAAGUAAAUAAUACUCAUCAAUUGUAAAAGAUAUUUGUUGAUUAGGUUUGUUUCAAUUGAGUAGGUAAUGGGUUUAAAUAAUGUUAUCAAUUUAUCAUAUUGUUACUGUACAAGUCAUUGUUCUCUCAAGUUCAAAGCGUUAUAUGUCUCAGUUUUUUGUUUUAUUUAUUUUAAAAACAUAGGUCUUACUAGCAGCAAUUAAUUUAUGGAUGUGCAGAACAAAACCUACGCAACUUAUUUGGAUCUCAUUGACUUCUAGUGACCAAAGCUAUGUUGUUAUGAAAUGUUGAGGUUGUUGUCAUGGUGUUGUUGAUAUAAUGUUAGGUUGUAACUGUGGAAUUGUAGUGAGUACUUGUUAUUUGUCACAAAUAUUUAUUUAAAUUGUGAAUAAACUGUCUUUUAAAUUUUAAUAAUGAUAAACUGAAUCUGUACAGUUAGUUAUAAGAGUUGUUGAAAUUAAAUUUAUUUUUGAGGUUAGUGCAAUGUAAAACAGUCAAUUACAAUGGACUAUUAAUUAUUUUUUAAACUACUGCAAUUUAUAGUGUUAAAUAGGGAUGGACGGGUUUGAAUUUUUAGUUCGGGACGGGACGGGACGGGAUUUUUAUUUCCUUCCCAAUUUUCGGACGAAAUGACUUC